AUGUUACCUGAGGCUCUGCCUGAUGAGCUGCCCCCGGAGCUCGACCUUCUGGUGCAACUAGCCGUAGACGACAACCGCCCGACUGUCGUCUUGGACACAUCCGCGCCGCAUUCGAUCUGCCUAUACCAAAACCCUGCUUUCCAGCAUGCUCUGGCUCGAAUUCCCUCCAACACGCUCCAAGACUGGCUCUUUACGGAAUUGAACACUCGAUGCACGACAGAAGCUACGCCGACCACUGAAUUUGCGCAGAGGCAAUGGGUCAAGAAAAAGCUUGGAACUAGAUACGCUGUGAUAUAUUGCAAGCAGGAGUCAUCCGCGCUACCCCUUUCUGGUAGUGGUGAAGAUGGUUCUCUGGACAGUUUGGUACAUGACUGGAUACGAUUUCCCGACCAAGUCCCCACUACACCUUGGAUACGCUACUUGCUAGACUAUGACUGGAGUAAAACUGCCAUAGGCGCCGCCUGUGGUUCAGAUAUGCGUCAAUGGCCCCCACAGCUGAACGAAAUACUACUUGCCUUCAUGCACUGCCCUCGACCAAGGAUCAUCUACUGGGGGCCUGACCUGAUCCAGUUCUACAAUGAGUCUGCCGUGAAACUAUGGCGAGCCAAACAUCCUGCUGCGCUGGGCAACAAGAUAACCGACGUCUGGGACCAAGGAGUAAUGGACCUCACUGCUGAUUUGAUACGGAGCAGUUGGGAAGAAGGUCAAUCUGUCCAUAACAAGGAAGUGAGAUUGCCGCUCGAUCGCGACGGCUUUCUCGAAGAAUCCUAUUUCGAUUGGUUCUUGAUUCCCUUCACUGGCCCAGACGGCCGCUGGAUCUGCUCGGUGAACUGCUUUAACGAAGUGACCUCUGCCGUCGUUCGGAAGAACAGGGAUGAGGUCUUGUUUAAGCUGCUUGAAAAGACCACGCACGCUGCAGACCUUCCUGGCCUCUGGCUUGAGUUCUCCGGCAUUCUGGACGAAGAGGCUGACGAUGUAGCUUAUUCGCUACUGUACAAAGUGUACGAGGACACUGCAGCCUCCGAUGACAAGAAACAUUACAAGCUCCACGGUUCGUCAGGCUUGCGCUCACAUACAGACUUCGAAAAGCCCUCGGAGGAGCUGAUCGAAGUGUUUGAGCUGGCCGAAGGUGGUGAAAACGUCAUUGCAAUGGAGGGAGAUACCUUUCUGCCGGAGCUCGGCGUUACUAUGUCUGACGUUGGCACGGUCACUUCGGCCUUCGUCUUCACCAUAUUCGAUGUAGAAGGCUCGGUUCAAGGCUCGGUGGUCAUAGGCAUAAACCCUCAAAGGCGCGCAGACGACGACAUGAGACGGUUCAUAUAUUCGCUGAGCGAAAUGCUUCUCAAGGCAGUCAUUGUACUGCAGUCUCCUCCUGAACAACGCAAACUGCUGCAAGCAGAUGAUAGUCUCGGCUAUCGUAUCAAGCUCGAGAAGCUUACCAGACAACUGAGUGUUGCAACCCUGAAGAACGAGAAGAACCAGGAAACUUUCAGCCGCAUGGCAGAAAAUGCCCCGAUUGGCAUGUUUCUUUACAAGGGAGACGGCACACCAAUUUAUUUGAACGACUUUUUCCUUGAACUAUUGGGUGAGACGAGAGAGGACUUUUAUGAGAAGGCCAAGUCAGGGUAUGCUUGGCGUGACUGUAUCCAUCCUGAUGAUCAAGAGUUCAGCGAGCAAGCUUGGCAAGAGGUUACAGAGUCACGCGAAGUCAAAGUGUUUCAAUUUCGAGUCAGAGCAGGCACAGAGCAUUCACCUACCCGCGCUCGUUGGCUCGAAGUUGUGUGCUUCCCGCAACGAGACGAGAAUGAUGUCUUGGUGACAUUCCAAGGAUACCUGACUAAUAUCACUGCAAAGAAGCUGACGGAAGCUCUUACCACCGAGAGAAUGAAUGCAGCGAUCGAGACAAAGCGAAAGGCACAGAACUUUAUAGACAUGAUCUCACAUGAGAUGAGAAACCCGUUGAGCAGCAUCAUACAGCUGACAGAAUCUGUCAUCUCCUUGCCGGCAGAUGCAUCACAAAGAGAAGCAUUCGACACAGUGUCUGAUGCAGCUCACACGAUCAAUAUCUGCGCUCUGCACAUGAAGGUAAUUAUUGACGAAGUACUUGACUUCUCCAAACUGGACUCGAACCUUCUAGUGCUGGCUCCGGAGAGAACACGACCUCUGGAGGUGAUCGAGAAAGCAGUCAAAAUGUUUGAAGCCGAAUUGAAGAGCGCCGACAUCCAGACCGAAAUCGAGGAAUUGCCAAGUGAGUGCUCUGUGGCAGAUGUGCUGUGUGAUCCUAGCAGGUUGUUGCAGAUCAUAAUCAACCUCAUCACAAACGCAUUGAAGUUCACUCGCAAUUCAGACACUCGUCGCAUUACUUUGGCCUAUGCACCAUUCUCAGCACCACCAUCAGCUCAAGAUUGUGGUGUGACCUUUAUCAGACCGCGCAAAAAGAAUCAUGAUGAGACCGAGACUGUUUCAGCAAUGCUGGCUGCUGAUGACUCGGAAGACAGCGCUGACGACAUCUAUUUGAUGUUUAGCGUUACGGACACUGGUUGUGGACUUACACUAGAAGAGUCGCAACUCCUGUUCCAACGAUUCGCUCAAGCCCCCAAAACUUACAAGCAGUAUGGAGGUUCGGGCCUUGGCCUGUUUAUCAGCCGCGAGCUCGUGGAACUCCAGAAGGGCCAAAUUGGAUUGCGUAGUGAGCCUGCAGUCGGUAGCCGUUUCGCUUUUUACAUUCAGGCUCGACGUGCCGUGCGAAUGAGUCGCUCUGGCUCUGUGGCUUCUGUCGAGUCCGCGAUCAUCAAAGUUCUUGAAAAGAUCGACAUGGUACCACGGCCGCAGACUCUGAUCAAAGACAUGCACGUUUUGCUCGUCGAGGACAACGUGAUCAAUGCUAAAGUCAUGUCGAAUCAAUUACGCAAAUUGGGCUGCAAUGUUAAUGUAGCAGAAAAUGGUCUGGAAGCUCUCAACUACCUGGCCACGACCACAUAUCAGUCCGGUGCCGGGGAAGGUGCGCCACUGAGCAUGAUCCUGCUCGAUAUCGAGAUGCCAAUCAUGGAUGGCUUGACCUGUAUACGACGCAUUCGUGCACUCGAACUUUCUGGAGAGAUCUCUGGUCACGUUCCCGUGAUUGCGAUCACAGCGAACGCUCGUAAUGAACAGAUCGCUGCUGCAAUCGAGGCGGGAAUGGACUCUGUGGUUACGAAGCCUUUCACGAUAAAGAAUCUUGUGCCGCAGAUGGAAGCAUUGGUAGACAUGUGGUCAUCUUGUGAAUGA